GUUGGCGCGAACCCGACCCGAAAUCCGUCGACGUGGCCUGAUUUAAACGGGUCGUUUCUGAAAUAUUUUCCCCACCCGUCGGAGAAUUCGAUUUCUGAGAGUCACGGUGGCGAUAAUGGAAGCUUCUUCUUCUUCACUGUGUCGAGUUCCGUCUCUGUGGACGGUUGGAUCAAGACCUCGUCAGAUGAAAUCGACGGCUAGUUUCGUUUCUCCGGUAAGUAGUAGAGGAAGAAGCCACGGUUUGAUGGUAGUAAGUACUCGACGGCUCGGAACGCCUUCGGCUCUCGGCGAACUCGCUGACACGGUGGUGGAGACGGGCAAAUCGGAGAUUACGUGGCAGAUUAUAGUCGGAACUAUCGCUGGAGUCACACCCUUCGUUGUUGCAGGUGUCGAAUUCAGCAAAAGAAUAAUUGCACAGAAGAGAUGUGAAGAAUGUAAAGGAUCAGGACUUGUUUUUAGAGACAAAAAAUACUUUCGUUGUCCCGGAUGUGGUGGGUUUCUUCCAUGGCAGUCAUGGAGAAGGUUCUUUACAGGCUGAUGAUGAAUCAAAAAGAGGACUCUCUCGCUUACAUUUAAAUAUAUGUGUAUUUUUACAACACAUUUUGGAAUCUAAAAAAAAACAAACAAAUAUGUUGAGAGAUGGUUUAAAAUCAAGACAAGUAUCUCUCUCUCUAUCUUAGUGUGUCAUCAUGAUAUACAUACAUAUAUAUAAAUCAUAGAUUACAGAG